AUGGCACUCAAAUCGUGGACAAGACUAAUUCGAUUUUCUGACGACAAUGGCCGGGAAACUUUCGGUGAGCCUAUUGUUUCGUCCGAUAAAGAAUUUACCGAGCGAAUUGCUGGAGGUGAUCUCUAUGCAGUUGAGUUGAGAGGUUCCAACCCUAUCUCAAAUCUGGUUCCAGGUGGAAAAAUCCAUGUGCAUGCCUUGUUGGAUAUUCUCCGACCAGAUGAUGUGCCGAUCAUCCGCUGUAUUGGUUUAAAUUACAUUAAACACAUUAGAGAAGGUGGUCGCACUCCACCGCCAUUUCCUUCUGUGUUUAUCAAGCCCUCAACAUCAGUGGCUGGAUAUGUUGAAGAUAUCCCUAUCACCAAGAUUGCCCAAGACGGAACACUGGAUUACGAAGGCGAGUUGGCUAUUGUGAUUGGAAAAACUGGAAAAGAUAUUCCUAAGGAGGCUGCACUAUCUUAUAUUGCGGGCUAUCUUGCUGCCAAUGACGUCUCCGCCAGGGGCUGGCAGCGCGACCCCAAGAAAGCCGGCGGUGUUCCACAAUGGUGCUUCAGUAAAGGAUUUGACAAAUUUGCUCCUUUAAGUCCUAUGUUAGUGUCGCCUUCGAUUGUUGGGAAUGCGUCAGACCUUACAUUGCGAACUCUGGUCAACGGGGAAGAGAGACAGAACACUAGCACCGGGGACCUUUUGUUCGGAGUUGAAGAUAUUGUGAGUUUCUGUAGCCAGGGCACAACUUUGCAGGCAGGGACAGUCAUCUUGACGGGAACCCCAUCAGGUGUGGCCAUGGGCAUGAAGGAACCAAAGUAUCUCCAUGAUGGCGAUGUGGUGGAAGUACAGAUCAGCGGCUUAGGAUCUGUUAAAAACAAGAUUGUAUUCGAGAACUGA